UCCCGUCUAGGUUAGAUUUGAAAUUUGAAGUGUCAGAUUCAAAAUUUUUAUGAACUUGGAACUGUAGAACUACUAUUGAGAUAUUAUCCCAUUUGAUAUGAUUUGAACAAGUUUCCUACCUUGCUGCAACUCACGAAUUAAAAAAAAAUAUGUUGGAUAUGAAUAAGAAACUUGAUUAUAAAGAGUUGCUCCAAAAAAGGGAUGUGAAAUUGCUCUUUUACAUUUCAAGGAUUCUAUUCCGGAAUUCCCUUUUUUACUUAUACCCAGUGUACAUGUUUCUUCAAUUUUGUAAAGUACUCAAUCAGAAAAAGAAAUAUUCAUUACAAACGAUUAAUGAAGAUAUUAUAUAUCAAGUUGUUGAACCGUCAGACAAACAUCAAAUUGAUGAAAAUUACACUGUGAUAAUCAACAAUCCAUUUUUGACUGGAAAAGCAAAUGCUGUACUCAAAGUUGAACAUGAAGGCAAAAUUAUACAAGUAUAUGUGAAGCCACUAUGUUCGGAGAGUGUUGAAAAAUAUGUGAUAUUUGCCUCGAAAACUCUACUUUUCAAUAUUUCCAAUACCACUGAUUUAAUGUUGAAUCAGAGAAUUGAACAUUCACUAACUGGUACCAUAAGAGGAACAUCUACUGGAAAAAUUGGAUUUGCAAAGGAAAUUCAUUUAGCUGUAAUAAACAGCCCUUUGGAGUUAGAUAAUAUAGUUCUGGAUUCAUUAGUGAAAAAUUAUUUUCAAAAACCUAAAUUAAUAUGUGAAAAUAGUGUAAUUGAAAUCAACAUGAAAAUAUAUCUAAUGGAUAUUCCCUCUAGUAUGACCAAAGUUUUCAAUGCAAAUGAUAAAGUUUACUUUAAAUGCACCAAGGUAUUAAGUAAUGUUGAGAGCAAUUCUAAAAUCAGUGGUAAAUAUGCAGUUUUGGGCGAGACAACAAUCAAACAAGUGGCAAAUAUCCAGAGCUUCCUACCCCCAUGUAUAAAAAUGAAACCCCUAUUAUUUGAUGUACGUAAAGUAGAAAAGAAUCAUAUUCAAUCUUCAAAGUGUCCAAGUGGAUUAGAACAUUAUGCAUAUGAAUUGGAAGCAGCUGUUAAACCAUUCCUAACAAAAAAAUUGGUUAUGAACCCUGCAUUUUUGAUAACUGGAAAGAAAGGGUCUGGGAAAGAAAUAAUUAUAUCAAGCCUUGCUGCAAAGUUUGGCAUGCAUUUCUAUAAAAUAACAAAUUUUGAUGUAACUGCUCAUGUGUAUGCCCAAAAUGAAGUCAAACUUAAGAAUGUUUUCUUUAAUGCCAAACUCUAUGCCCCUUGUAUAUUAUACAUGAAGAAUUUUGAGAACUAUGAAAAGAAUAAUGAAGGUUUAACAGAUGAAAGAAUAAUUUCUCACUUCACCAGUGGACUUAAGACUUUAUUUGCAAAUAACAAAUUCCCUGUUAUAUUGUUCUGCUCAAGUAAUGACGACAAAAUAUCUGCCAGACUAAAGAGAGAAUUCCUCGAGAUAUUCAAAAUCAAUCCACCCACCGAAGAGGAAAGAACUAAAAUAAUUGAAUGGUUGUUUCAAUACCAUCAUCUUACAUACCACGAAGACUUAACCGAAGUUGUCAAAAAAACUAACACUUUUCUUUUUGAAGAUAUGAACACACUUGUAAAAUUAGCAAAAAGUCAACAAACAUGUUCCAAAAAAAUGAAUACCUUGACCAGUGAAAAUUUGUUAUCAGCAUUAGAUUACAUGCAUCUUCAUCAUAAUCAAAAUAUUGGUGCACCAAAAGUUCCAAAAGUGCAAUGGGACGAUAUUGGGGGGUUAAAGGAUGUUAAGGAAGAAAUAAUAAAAACAAUCAAUUUUCCUUUGAAACAUCCAGAAUUUGUGAAUUCAACAGGUCUCAGAAGGUUUGGUAUUCUAUUAUUUGGGCCACCAGGAACUGGUAAAACUCUGUUAGCUAAAGCUGUUGCUACUGAAUGCAAUUUAUGUUUCUUAUCCGUCAAAGGCCCUGAAUUGCUGAAUAUGUAUAUUGGACAAUCUGAAGAGAAUAUAAGAGAAGUAUUUGAACGUGCAAGAGCUGCAUCUCCUUGUAUAAUAUUUUUUGAUGAACUUGAUUCACUUGCCCCAAACAGAGGAGUUUCGGGAGAUUCAGGAGGGGUUAUGGACAGGGUUGUUUCUCAACUGUUGGCUGAAAUGGAUGGCCUUAACGAAAAAGCCACAGUGUUCAUCAUAGGUGCUACAAAUAGACCAGACUUAAUAGAUCCAGCUCUCUUAAGGCCAGGAAGGUUUGACAAACUGUUGUAUGUUGGACCAGCUAUGGAUUUCGCCUCUAGAUUAUCAGUUUUGAAAGCUUUGACAAGAAACUUCAAUCUCAAUGACGAAGUAAGGCUAGAAGAUAUUGUUAAGUUAUGUCCAAGUAAUAUAUCCGGUGCAGAUUUUUAUGGAAUUUGUGCUGAAAGUUGGAUGCAUGCUGUAAGAAGAACGAUUCAGCAAUGUGAGAAUGGUCCAAAAGAUGUCAGGAAUUUCACAGAAAAAGAUGUUGAAGUUGGGACUGAUGAUUUCAUAUAUGCUCUAAGGUCAGUGAAGCCUUCAAUUACAUCAAAGGAUCUAAUGUAUUUCGAGAAACUGAAGAGGGAAAUAAGUUCUAAUCAAUGACAUUAAAUUGGAUGGAGAACA